GCGUAUUUACGAGCGGUCGAUGUGAAGAUCCUGCAGCAGCUGGUAGUGGUGAACGAGGGCAUCGAGGCGGUGAAGUGGCUGCUGGAGGAGAGGAGCACACUGACCAGCCUGAAGGCCAGCAGCCAGUACAGCCUGGUGGAGAGCCAGGAGGCCUCACGGCGGGGCAGCUGGGACAGCCUGCAGGACCCCAACGACAGGCUGGACAGUAUCUCUGUUGGUAGCUACCUGGACACGUUGGCUGACGACAUGGAUGAGUAUUCCCAAAACGCCGCUGAAACCACUGCUGCGUCGGUGCCGGGCAGAGCCCUGGUCAGGGCGGAGCAGGAUUGGGUCAGGAUCGACCCUGAGAGGGGCCUUGCAAAGCAAGAGAAGGGCAAAGCUGAGCACGAGUGGCCCCACGUGGACCUCUCCCCGCCUGGGCUGACUCAGGAUCACCGCUUUGCUAAGGAGCCCCCAGUGGCCAACGGGUAUUUGGGCCAGCAACCUUCGUCUCUGGAGCCAGGCAGAGACCCCAAAUUGCCAUCAGGGGCUGGGGAGAGGCUGGGGAAGGGGAGCUUGGGUGGGAAGGCUCGGAAAGCAGAGGCUGACUUUGAGAACUGCAAACUCAACAGCAAACUGCACCUGGAGUAUGAUGCCCACUGGCGCUGGCUCCAGUCUCAGGACGAUGUGACGUUCUUAUAG